AUGUGGCUUUCUAGGUUCUUUCCUGUGAUAUUAUUCUUCAUUAAUCUCCUAGAAAGGGUUAAAUCUUCGCCUCUACUUGCUGAGCGUGCAACUCCCAAAUGCACCGCACGAAACAUCGAGAUUGUCCGUCGUACCGUCGACGAUGAAGUCUACUUCUGCAAGUGGUGGCUGUCUGAUGGCCGCACAAGAUCACCGUUCUUCGAGUUCACGCCCACAGCAGUCACCAAGCUUUGCAAUUGUAUCAUCUCAGACACGAAGACUGUGUCAAAACAGAAGCGUACCGAGGCUGCUACCGUCGAGAACUUGCUAGAAAAGCGACAGACGCAGGCUUCUUGCAGAGCAGAAGUUAGUCGUCAAUUCACCGAGCCGUGGUACUUUUGUACUUUCUACAACUCAUAUCCUAGAACUACUUCGCCUUUCGCAAAGUACUCGGCGAAGGCUCUCAUAGACUUAUGCAAGUGUGUUGAAGGCAAAGUGGUUACCAGCAGUGGCAAAAAGACUGGAAGCUCGACUAGGAAGACUUCGGCGUCGACGAAGAAGCUAUCGUCAUCGACUAUCAAGAAGGUGUCUUCCUCGACUAAGAAGGAGUCAACAACCAAGAAGAUUUCGAGUUCAAUCAAGAAGGUGUCAAGCUCAACUAAAAAGGUGUCAAGUUCAACCAAGAACACUACUAGUUCGAAUAAAAAAUCACCCACUGCGUCGAAGAAGGCCUCCUCGUCUACCUUGAAGGCGUCUAUUGUCUCGACGAAGCCUUCAAGUUCGACUAAGAAGGUUUCCUCGACCACUCGAAAGGCUUCUUCCUCGUCCAAGACCCCUUCCAGCACCGUCAAGAAGGCUUCCACGUCAACUAAGAGACUGUCGUCCUCACCCAAGAGCGUCCUUCUCACGACCAAGAAGACUUCGAACAUCGACGACUACUACGAAAAGUUCUUCGCCCGCGAGCAAAUCGACAUCAAUUGCCAAGACAUCAGCCAGAUCCUCGACUUCAACCAAAUCAUCAGUAAAGUCUUCGUCGAAUCAGUCGUCAGCAAAGUCACUGGUGUCUUCUAG